AUGGCAGAGGAUAGCUUUGACACCACAAAGCCUAUGCUUUGUGAUCUUGAACGAACGCCACUUUUGAAGCAGCGGAACCACAUCAACGUGCUGGGAGAUAGAGAUGUGUUGACCUUUACAAACAACCGAUUACAAGGCAUUAGGAAACAUGCUGUGGAAACGCUCAGUGGGGCCACAGCGAAGCAGCUGCGGCGUGUUUAUUGGAUAAAAUGGCAGUACAGAGCUGCACAAAAAGUGACAAGUGAUCUUCUAAAGGAAGGGAUAUGGAUGAAAACGCACGACGGUGUAAGGCUUGUGGACAGUGUUCCACAUACCUUUGAUGUACUGAGUCUUGAGGAGUACGUCUACGAAAACCGCAUUUGUGCAAGAAGAAGAAACGUGGACUUCUCAGACGGCCUGCAGAAGGCCUUACGUGAGCUUCUCUACACUGCUAGGCAAAAUCUGAUAAAGGCCAACGAUAGAGAGGAGAGACCUUUUUUUUCUAAUCAGGAUCUCUGCCCUGUUCGGGAUACAAAAGAGCUUGUUGCGGCUCUUUACAUGUUAAGGAAUAUGAUUUUUGACUUUGCCGAAGCCAAGUCGCUAAUUAGCUUGCGGCAGCGUGAAGUGAUGAAGUUAAGCGACGCAAAUGAAGGUUUAAGGAGCAGGUUGGGUGAGGCAGAGGCUUCACUCUCGCAUCUUACUCGGGUGGAGGCGGAACUAACUAUCGUUCGGGCACGCUGCGAGGAGUUGAACGAACAGCUCCGGCAGGCGCAGGAGGGGUGGGCAAGAGCAAAGUAUCAGGUGCAGUUUCUCCGGCGUGAGCUUAAAAAGGAACGGAAUCAGCCCCCAACCACCACGGAACAAAUGCUGAAGCAAAAAGACAAUGAGUUGGUAUUCGUGCAACAACAAAUUGCCAAGCUGCGAAGCAAGCUGUAUCGUGAGGUGAAGGGGAAAGAAUCUCUGCAAGCGGAGCUGCAGGAGAUGAAGACGGAAGCGGUGCGUGCAUCACAAAAGUUGGAGAAGCGUUUAUCUUCAGGCAGGUUGGUCGGUCGAGAGCGGUAUACCAGGGUGGUGGCCUCACAGCUGAAUGUUCCCAGGAAGGUCUUUUCCUUAGGGUUUGCGAAGAUGCUGAAGAUGGAGAAAAUUCGAGAGGAAGACCUUUUUCUGCGGGAUGUGACCGAAGAUGCGGAGGGGAGAUUCCAAUGGAAGCGAAGCCAAAUAAGGAUCCUGUGCGCGAGAAUGUAA